CUAAAAAUAGAUAACGGAAAUACCAGCGUACUUCCAAAUGUCAAUAAUGGCGUGUCGAAAUUCACUGCUCGCUGCUUGUUUAAUUGGAUAUAUGUGUUCUAUAACUACCACACACAUUACAUUCAAUGACGAGCCAUCAAUUUAUUCACAACUAAAUUGGACAUGUCCAGCUGAUAAGCCAUUUAUGAUUAAAACCGGAAAUUGGUCUAUUUGUGUUUCAUCAUGUGGACCUAAAAUGGUGGCAGAUGGUAAAAACUGUAUAAAAGUUGAAGAUUGUAACAAACCUGUGCUGUCGGAUGGAUACUGCAUUGAAAUGUGUGACGAAGGCUAUUUAUAUGUAACGUUUGACCAAGACCUUGGCCAAGACUGUGGAACCGAAUAUGCUGAUUGUUCAUAUGGAGAGGAAAAUAUUGAGCAGAAAUUGUGUGUAAAGAAAUCAUUUCUUAUUUUGAAAUUAGUAUGCUAUGUUAUUGGAACAAUUCUAUAUAUCGCCUUUCUGCUGAUGUUCUUCUCAACGUGGCAGUUCCCAUGCAUUAAAUUGAUAAUGUGGAUCAAAUCAAGGAAUCAGCUACAAAAGACUUCGUCACGUGAAAUAUUGUGUAAUGAUGACGUCACAGAUGACUGAUUUCGUGGAAAUUAAAUCGUACAGACACGUUAUGCCAUUUCAACGUCUCAUGUUCUUUGUAAUAUCAGAUUAAAGUGCACCGACAGCGGUAUACAUGUGCCGUUAAUAUAUACUUUUUAUUACCUUUUAUUACUAUGCUAUGAUCUGUUUCCAAAACACGGGAAUAUCUUUAAAAAUACACAUACACAUUUUACUGGAAUUUUGACAACAUGCGUCCUUUUCUUAUGAAUACAUAUUAGUCUUAUUUUUGAUAAAUAUUUGAUAAAUAAAAAACACCUAAAAUCCAACAACAUUAGGACCCAGAAGUUAAAGAUUUUUGAUUUAUUGCAUUUUUACUUAAGUCGCUUACAUCUGCAUGUAUUCAAAUGAGUAUAAUUAUUAAUAAAAUAAUAAAAUUAGUUCAAGUAAAAAUGUUUAUAAUUUUCAUGUUUUUGUUUAAAGAAAAUUAUAAAUAAAAGAUAUAACGAAACGCUAAAUUAUCAUAUCAGACAUUAUUUUUAUAUGUCCGAAUCGCGGUAAUGCAUCAAUCGUUAAUUCAUUUAUUACACAAGCUCAUUUUUAAAUGCACCCUCCUGUUCCUGCAGAUGCUAAUGAACAAAAAAGGUGAUAUACCUUUAAAUUUCUAGCGGAGUGGGGGUGCUAAAUUUUCUCUUCUUUAUCCAUUUAAUAACAUAACUGCAAGAAUAUAAUGACUCACGGAUGUUUUCCUUCACGUUUCAGCAUAACAAAACAUCCUACUACUUUUAUUAUAAAGCGAACCGAAACAAUUACCGAAUUUACUAGAGAAAACAUCACGUUUUAUUCGAUUUAAAGAAAACUGCAAAGUAUAAUAGUUAGUUGUUAAGUUCAACAGCGAACGCGAGUGAUUUUAGGCUUUUUGUUAUUAAACAUUUUGCGAAGGGAGAGAAAUCAAGGGUUAUCCCUGGGCAGAACGUUCAAGGAUUAUCUCCUAUUUACAAUGUUUUAUCUGGAAACUGUACUGUAUUCUAUUCUUUCUAAGACUUUUUUCAUUGGUGCUUUGACAUACAAUUUCACUCAUGACGAUUUCUCUAGAGGAAUUUCCUUCAGCAAUAUUAAUAUUCAGAAAACCGAUUUUAUAUGAUACCAAACAAUCACGUUGUUUGACUUUUAUUCAGAAUAUUCUUAUCGACCUGUGCAUUAUAACUUCAUGGCCAGGAACGGACGUUUUAAAUUGGUGAUAUUAAAUGGUGUAUUUUGCAGUAAGCAAGUUUUUGAGGAUGACCACACUUACAAUAUAAUCGUCACCAACAAUUUCCUAUCUAGAAUAGAUGUAUCUGUCAGAUAGUAAAAUCGUUUAAUCAUG